CCCAUUAAUUUUGAAACGUUAAUUGUUUUAUGUCUAUGUGCUUUACGAAUUCAGGGAAACCACAAGAUGUAUCCACUGACAAAUCAGCAACACCUACGAUAAUUAUUUUGACGACACUCCUUGCUACUACUUCCACUGCACUAUGUAUUCUAAUUUUGAUCAAAAUAAUUAAGAAAAUAAGUUCUACAGUCAGGCGAACCCAGGAGUCUAUAAUUCGAAGUUCCUUUCAAAAUUCAGAAAAUGAAGAAGUAAUCGCUGUUACUGAGGUAGAUAAUGCCACCUAUGAAAAUCUCAAUACAACUCAUGGUGCUCCGGAAGACACGUAUGAUACAGCCUCUCACAGCGUACAAGAAAGUGCGGUCAAUUCCGGGGAACAGGAUACAUGUAUAUAAAUCUGCAUAUAAAAAAACAUGAAAUGCCAAUCUCUUUCCGUGGCGGUUUUCUACACUUGCACAACAUACGUAUAACUAAGAAAGAGGACUUGGAUAUUUUAAUGUGAAAUUCCUUUACUCCACAUAAUAUUUAAAAGAUUGUGUAAUUACGUUGUCCUGCAAAUGAUCAGUUCUAUUAACUUAUUUCAAUGAUAUCGCAACGACAUAACACUUGUCUGCUUAUUACCUACAGUAAAUGACUUUGAACACAUCAGUGUUUUAUGUGGUCUUUACAUGUAUUCAAGUGGUAGAUUUAAUCGAGGUCUUAUAAUAACUACGAUUUAUCAGAAGUAUUGAAUUUAGAACAAUGUAUUAUACGUAUUUAUGUUUGUAAGAAUGUUAUCUGUGUAAACUACUAAUUGUGUGUGGUAUUUAAUUAUAAAAUUAACAUAUUUGCCUGAAAAUUAUCACUUUGCUAAACAUACUCAUUGUUGUCACAUCAUUUACAAUAUGCGUGAGCAGUUAUGAAUUUGCCUUUAAGUUACUUAAUAAGAAAAAAAGGAGAAACUCGAAAGAAGACUCUGCCAUUGGUCGUGGAAAGAUCUGCAGCAUUUAAUGUAAAAGCUACUUUCUCAUUAAGUUUUCUUUACAAGUAAUACAGCAAAAACAACAACAAGAAACGCUUUUCGAUUCAGUAAGUGUAUAUAAUAUGGUAUCAGGUAUGACAAAUCUAUAAGUUUUCAUCUUGUUGUUAGUCUUGUGUUUGCUGUUCAUAUUUGUUAAAUGAAACAUCCAAAUAUAUAU